AUGGCUGACUUAUUUGGUCUACAACCACCACCAACAAAAAAAUUUCGUUCGGGUACGAAUACAAACGAAACAGACUUUGAUUAUAAUAAAAUGAUGUCACCAUUUGAUACACCCGAGACAAAUAAUACUCCAGAUUUAUUUGAUAUUGUUAAUGAUUUUAAUGAUCCACUUGAUAAUACACAACAAACAGCUACAUCAGUGAAUCAACAACAAAAUCUAUAUCAAUCACAAGCACAACAACAACAACAACAACAACAACAAAGAGUUAAUUAUAUUACACAAACUCGACCACAGUCAUCAUCAUAUCAAACACCUAAUUUACAACGUAUUCCAACAAUGCCAACACCAACUAUUGUUCGACCAUCAAAUGUUAUAUCAAACGGUAUACAACAACAAACAACUUCAUAUUCUCCACAACAAAUGAUCAAUACAACACGACCUGUAUAUCCACGUAUGCCACCACCACAACAACAACAAAAUAUGCCAUCAACACUUGUUAGACAACAAUAUAAUACAACAGGAAUGGUUCCAAUGAAUCAAAAUGUAACACAAAUGAGCAUUGUUAAAUCAAGUGAUCCUAAUAAUAACAGUGUAUUUGUUACAAAUCCACAACAACAACAAUCAACGCUCGUUAGUUUACAACCUCAACAUACAGUGACACAAACAGCUCAAAUAAAUAAACCAAUUUCAACAGGUUUACCUUCAUUGUCACAAACACAAUUGAAUCAAUUUCAAAUUCAACAAACACAAAUGCAUAUACAGCAGCAACAGCAGCAGCAGCAACAACAAAAUUCUCUUCAAUCCUAUAAUAUUCGAACUCCCAUGAUGGAUCAAACAUCAACAAAUCCUGCAAAUUAUAUUAUAACAACUCAACCACAACAAGUUCAACAAUCUAUUUCUAAUGUUUCAUCAUCAAAUCCAUUAAAUGUUCCAACAUCAACAAAUAAUUCUCAGCAACAUACAGAAGCACAACGAAAACAAUUUAUUCAAAAACAACUUGUUUUAUUAUUACAUGCACAUAAAUGUCAACAACGUGAAAAACAAACAAUCAACGGUGAACCAACACGUCCAAAUGCAUGUACAUUACCACAUUGUAGUACAAUGAAAAGUGUUCUACAACAUAUGACAAAAUGUAAUGAUCAUAAAACAUGUACAGUUCCACAUUGUGUUACUUCACGUCAAAUUAUUUUACAUUGGAAACAAUGCAAUAAUCCUCAAUGUCCAAUAUGUCAACCACUUAAAACUCCUUCAACAUUAGCUAAAUUAAAUCAAGCAUCCAAUAAUAAUAAUAAUAAUAAUAAUACUAUUAAUAAUAUUAAUCUUAAUCCAAAUUCUUUAAAUCAACAAUUAAAUAUACCACUACCACCACCAACAACAACAUCUACAACAAUAAAUAAAGAAUGGCAACGACGUGUAACACAAGAAAUGCGUAAUCAUCUUGUACAAAAAAUAAUAACAGCACUUAUACCAAUAACUGAUACAGGUGCUGUACGUGAUAAACGUAUUAUUAAUUUAGCUAAUUAUGCACGACGUGUUGAAAAUGAAACAUUUGAAAUAGCAAAUAAUCAAGAAGAAUAUUUUCAUAAAUUAGCGGAAAAAAUAUAUAAAAUUCAAAAAGAAUUAGAAGAUCGUCGAGAAAAAAAACGUUUACAAGAUAUGCAAUUAACAGCUCAAAUAUCUUCAACAAAUGAUUUUAAUGGAAAAAUGCAUUCAACUAUGGAUACAAUGGCCGGUGAUCAUGGUCCACCAAAUCGUACAGCACCUAUAAUUGAUUAUCCAACAUCAGCAGCAGCGGCAGCAGCAGGAAAUCUUCUUCAAUCACAAACAAUUAAAUCUGAACCAUUAACAACAUUAACAAAUCGAACAAUGAUAAAUACUAAUAAUAAUAAUCCCACAUCGACGACAUUUGCAGUAACAAAUGUACCAUCAAAUGAAAAUUUAAAUUUUCUUUUAAAUGGUGUUAUGUCAACAGUAAAUCCAUCACAUGAUAUUGAUAUGCAUGAUACAACAAGAAAUAAUUUAGAUGGUACAAAUCAAUUUAAAAAUGAACCACUUUCACCUAAAAAUCUUUAUCAACCUCCAACAAUAAAAAAAGAAGAAUUAAUAGGUGAUAAUUAUUCUUCAAAUUUGGCGGCAACAACAGCAACAGUAAUAACAAAACCAUUAAUUAAUUCAUCAACUACUGAUGAGACAAAAUCGAAACUUCCUCAAAUUGAUGCAGCAAGUAAACAAUUACCAAAACAUCCUGUUCAAUUUUCUUCGGAUGAUUUACGUGCACAUCUUGAACCAGUUAUACACAAAAUGAUAGCUUGUGAAGAUUCUCAUCCAUUUCGACAACCAGUUGAUCCUGUUGCAUUGAAUAUUCUUGAUUAUCCAUCAAUAAUUAAACAUCCAAUGGAUAUAUCUACAAUGCAUAAUAAAUUAUUACAUGGAGAAUAUCGAACUCCAUUACAAUUUUGUGAUGAUGCUUGGCUUAUGUUUAAUAAUGCUUGGCUUUAUAAUAAAAAAACCACACGUGUUUAUAAAAUGUGUACAAAACUUUCCGAAGUAUUUGCUGAUACAAUUGAUCCUAUUAUUGAAGAAUUAGGUUAUUGUUGUGGUCGUCAAUAUGUUUAUUUACCACAAGUUAUGUUUUGUUAUGGAAAUCAAUUAUGUUGUCAAAUUCCACGUGAUGGUAAUUAUUAUUAUUAUAACAAUCCGGAACCAUCACGUAUAAAUUUAUCCGGUGAUAAAUAUACAUUUUGUUCGAAAUGUUUUGAUUCAGUUAAAGGUGAUUCAAUAUGUGUCGGUGAUGAUCCAGCUCAAUCAUUAGUUGAAAUACCAAAAAAUUUAUUUUUAUUAUCUAAAAAUGAUAUACAAGAACCUGAAGCUAGUGUUGAUUGUAUUGUUUGUACACGUCGUUGGCAUCAAGUAUGUGCAUUACAUUUAGAUCAAGUAUGGCCAGAAGGUUUUAUAUGUCCGACAUGUGUACGAGAUUAUAAUAUUAAACGUAAAGAAAAUCGUUUUACAGCACCAAAAUUAACAGUAACAGAUUUAGCAUUACGUUUAGAACAACGUGUCAAUGAUUUUCUACGCAAUGAAGGUUGUGUAACAGGUCGUGUAACAAUACGUAUAUUAGCAGCAAGUGAUAAACUUUGUGAAGUAAAACCACGUUUAAAAAAAUAUUAUCCAAAUCAAGUACCAGAAGGUUAUCCAUAUCGAACAAAAGCUAUAUUUGCUUUUCAAGAAAUUGAAGGUGUUGAUGUUGUUUUAUUUGGUAUGCAUGUACAAGAAUAUGAUGGACGAUGUCAAGCACCAAAUACACGACGUGUUUAUGUAUCUUAUCUCGAUUCCGUACAUUUUUUUCGACCGAAAAUGUAUCGUACAGAAGUUUAUCAUGAAAUAUUAAUUGGAUAUUUGGAUUAUGCAAAACAACUUGGUUAUGUUUAUGCACAUAUAUGGGCAUGUCCACCAAGUGAAGGUGAUGAUUAUAUAUUUCAUUGUCAUCCAUUAGAACAACGUGUACCAAAACCAAAACGUUUACAAGAUUGGUAUAAAAAAAUGCUUGAUAGAGCUAUUUUAGAACGUGUUGUUAUUGAUUAUAAGGAUGUAAUGAAAGAUUGUCUGGAUAAUCAAGUACAAACUGCUCUUAAUAUUCCAUAUUUUGAAGGUGAUUUUUGGUCGAAUAUUAUUGAAGAAAGUAUUAAAGAACUUGAUCAAGAAGAAGAAGAUCGAAGAAAACAAGAAGUUGAAGCAGCACGUGCUAUGGAAGAUGGUGGUUUCGAUGAUCCAGGUGAACCAGAAGAUUCAACAGAUAUUUCUGAUAAACGUAAAUCAACAACGACAUAUAAAAAGAAAAAUCUCAAGAAAACAACAUCAAGUCAACGAAAAGUAGCAAAAAAACAAAUGUCUAAUUGUACGGAUUUAUUAUCAAAAAUAUUUUCAACGAUGGAAAAACAUAAAGAAGCAUUUUUUGUUAUUCGUCUUCGUAAUCCAAUUGCUACAUGUCCAGCUGUAAAUGAUACUGAUGCUCUUAUACAAUGUGAUUUAAUGGAUACACGAGAUGCAUUUUUAAAUUUUGCUCGUGAUAAACAUUAUGAAUUUUCUUCAUUACGUCGUGCAAGAUUUUCAACAAUGGCUUUAUUAUAUGAAUUACAUACAUCAACAACAGAUAAAUUUACAUAUAAUUGUAAUACAUGUCGACAACAAUGUGAAAUUCGUUAUCAUUGUACUGUAUGUGAAGAUUUUGAUUUAUGUGAAAAAUGUUAUAAUAUUGAACCAAAACAUGAACAUAAAAUGGAACGUUCAGUUCCAUCAAUGAUUGAAGAUUGUGAUCAAAAUUCUUCGAAUCCAAAUGGUAAAUCAAUGGCAAGUUCACAAUUACAACGUCAACAAUCAAUGCAACGUUGUAUUGAAGCAUUAUUACAUGCUGUUAAUUGUCGAAAUGCUAAUUGUGUUAAUCGAAGUUGUUUUCGUUAUAAACGUGUUAUACAACAUACAAAAGAAUGUAAAGGAAAAAAUAGUCAAUGUAAUGUAUGUAAACAAGUCAUAUUUCUUUGUUGGUAUCAUGCGAAAAGUUGUAUGGAUCAAAAUUGUCAAGUACCAUUUUGUACAAAUUUAAAAACUAAAAUACAAAAACAACGAGCAACUAGUUUACAAACAGAUAGACGUCGUAUGCAAGCAAUGAUGCAACAAAGAACGAAUACAAUGCAACCGCCAACACAAGUAUCAGUAACUCCAUCUCGUACUGAUUCGAUACCAAAUUCAUCUCAUAUAUCAACGUAUGAUUCGACAUUAGCAAAUCAAUCAAUGAAUAAUUCGACAGGUAAACCAUCAUUAACACUUAUUCGUACACCUCAGCCAACUAAUUGGCAUAAUCAACCACAACCACAACAACAAACAUAUAUUAUGCCACAAAAACCUAAUAAUGGUAAACCUCUUAGUAAUUUAUCUCAACAACAGUCUCCAAGUCAAUUAAGUUUAUUAAUUAAUCGAGUUAAACAAGAUCCAUCAAUGGAUGAACAACAACGAUCAGAUAUAAAUGAUCAAAAUAAACAACAACCGAUGUUUUCUUCAUUAAUAAAUAAAACACCAGUUAAUCGUUUACCAUCCACAACAUAUAUUCAACCACAACAAACACAACAACCACAACAAUGGUAUUCUACAACAUCUCAACAACAAUUUAAUCCUCCACCUAAUUAUACAACAGCAACACGUGCUCGUUAUCCACCUGUUAUGCCUCAACAAACACAAAAUCAAUCAUCACCACAAACACUUUUAGCACCAUUAAGAUCAAAUUCUGCCACUCCACCACCAACUUAUAUGGCACGAACAGGUUCAGCACCAAAUCUAACUCGACCACCAUUAAUAAGACCUUCUCAGUUUCCUUCUCAACAACAACAACAACCACCAUCACAGGAUCCAUCAAUACGCUAA